AGGGAGUAGGGCGAUUUCCAGCGGUGGGGGGACGCGAUCUGCGCGGUCCAUGCGCUGCGCGCUUUGCCUCCGGGCCGGGUUGGAAAUCGCCGCCCCGACGGGCAGUGUGAACACGCUGCGCGCGGGCGGUAACUACAGACUGCGCCUAAAGCUCACACGUGCGAACUGCGCCUGUGAAUAACCGUCGCCCCCGCGCAAAUCAGCGCGCGGAGCCUUGGUGUCCGCGCGCAAAGGCCGCAGCUUGCGCCCGGGGGAAUCGCUCUGCACGCAGGCAGGGACCGUGCAAGCAGCGCUGGCCAACGCUACAUUGGGACUAAUUGCAAUCAGCGGCGCCGGCCAUUCGCGCUGUUCUGCAGCCAGGCGCUGCCGUUCCCAAGGGCGCGGAGUUUGCACGCGGGGCCGAGUGGCUGCAACGCAGGAAUUGCGCGCUCGGGCUCUGCAGCGGGGCCCUCUGGGCCUCCCCGGGGUGGCGGCUGAUCCCGCCCGCCAGGUUGCUGGACCCCGUGACCCCUGAGCCAUGGCAAGCAGCAGCGGUGACUGGGGCGCUCCCAAGUCCCACAAGCCCAACGGGAAACCGCAGCAGCUCAAAUACUCAGGCAUCGUCAAGAAAAAGGAUUCGGAAGUUUAUGUCGGAAACGUCCCACCUGAGAUGACGGAGGAGGACAUACUGCUCCUGCUCAGGGACUUCCACCCGCAGCAUAUUAAAAGGUGCCAUUCCGGGCUGAGAAGCUAUGCCUUUGUAGAUCUCGGCUCCUCUGAGCAGGUGCAGGCCGCAAUCCAGCGCUUCAGCGGGCACCUCGUGAACGGACGUCGCCUGGUUCUGAGCCGCACGGGCCUAGGCAACAGGAGGAAGGACCCGGCUGAGACCCAGAGCACCGUGGAAAUGCCCGCUUUGGAGAGAGUCCCCAGGGGAGAGCUUGGUCUGAGCCAUGCAAAGGUAGAGACCCAAACCCUGCAGCCGGCGCCUCCCGAUGCAGUGAGGCAGAUCUGUUAUGCGGUUCCCAUGGAAAUGAGGGGUUCCUUCUUGGCACUCAUGCUAAAAGACUGCUUUCAGGAUCUGAACUGGUUGGUGUCGAUUGCAAAGCUGCACGGAGAGGCGGGGCUGCUGGUGACGGAUGCUCUGCCACAGACCCCGUACUUCUGGGCCAUACACCUCACAGAGGAAAGUCACUCGAACAUGCACAAGCUGUUCUGCCAGCUGGCGGAAGAGGAAUCCAAGCAGCCCUACCUGACAAGGCAGGCGGUGCAGCGAGGGACCCGCUGCAUGGCAGAGUGCAUUCUGGGGGAGGACGGCGCGGCGUGGAACAGGUGCUGGGUCUUGGAGAAAGUGGAAGAUCUUGCAGUGGUUCUCUUUGUUGACUUUGGCCGUUCGGCCACUGUCCCUCUGAACUCACUGCGGAAGCUGGAUGAAGACGAUUUCUGGGACAUAAAACCACUGGCCCAGCCCUUCAUGUUCCAAAAAGAGAUUGUCUCUGCAAGACCCAUGGUCCGGCAAAUCCUGCGAGGGAAGGUGGUCGGCCCGUCUCCCCUGGAGAGGAGGAAGAGGAAGCCGCGUGAGCUCUGAGCUGUAGUCCCCAGCCUCUCGCUGCCCAAAGCAGGAGUGGGGCAGAGAACUGCUGGACUUUGGAAGUCAUCUUCAGCCUGAACCAGCCUUAUGAACUGACUGCAGUGGUGUGAGUGUGGGGAGGGGGCGUCUCUUAUUUCUACAGGUUUAGUGAUGUCCCCAGUUAGCUUCAAGGGGAAGUUACCUAGUUUUGAUUUUUCUGUAAAAUUGUGAGGGGGCUGGUGAACUGUCCCUCUGGUGCCUGACUAUUAAAUGGAGCCUGGCAAGUCCCACUAACGCUGCCUCCGCUAGGUGUGGGUCUGCCUAGAGUGCCUGUCGGCUGGACAAAUCCCCUUUAGACCAGCACAUGCCCUGGCAGCUUGAAGGGCCCACGGGAGGGUUGUUCCCUCAGCGCUAUUAGGACAAGGCCUUGCAGCCCUUUCUUCAGCAGGGCUCGAGCCUUCAGCCUCCGCCUGGUGUCAGGGCUUGUAACCGGGAGCCAGCUGUGCCCGUUGUCAGAACAGCAGGGGCCUGGGGCAGGCUGUGCCCGCAGGCUCGUUUGGGUAAAGCAUCGUACAAAUCCCCAAUUUCUGUUACUCUCACAAACCACAGACAGGAGCCAAAUGCUCAGUUCUGAAGAGCAACUGAACUGCUGAGGGCAGAGGUUGGUUGGUUUGUGGAGGGGGGAAGAAACUAACAGGGCUCUGGAUAACUCAGGUCUGCCCCUAGUGUCUGGUGUUGGGGCUUGGUCGCUAAGUGGCUCAGAAGAAAGUUGCUCUGGUCCUUUGGGUGAAAGAACAAAACUAGCUUAAAGUAAAUGGCCUCAGGUUUAGAUCAGAAAUUGUCAAGCUUAAUUUUACAAGUGAAAGUCAGUGGGCAGGGCCGGCAGUUGUGAAACCACUGAGCUUCUCCCACAGGAGCCUCCAGGAGGGUGAACCUGAGUUGUAGAAUCCUUUUCUGAAAGGAAAACAAAGCUGAAUAAGCCCUGCCUGAGGCUGGCGCACAUGCUAUCCUGGCUGGCUUUGAACUCUGCUCUGCAGCUGGGCAGAACAUUUGUGAGGUGCUCUGGCCCCCAGCAAGAGCCAGCUAUCUGCUCUGAGGUUAAAGCUCUAAUCGCUGGGGAAAUCUUAUUGUGGCUGCGGCUCAAGGGAGACUCGGUAUCUCUAGCAUGAAGUGGCCUGGCAGCGGUAUCCAGGGUGUGGUUGAUGGCACAUCACAAGAGUUCAGCUCCCCCCAUGAACCUGUCCUGCAGUCUUACCCAUGUCAUUGGGAUCCUUCAGCAGAGUAUUUUACCAUUGUUCAAAGGGGGGAGGGGACUUGGGAAGCAGGUUUCAGUCUGAGGGGAACUCCCCUAAAAUUAGUAAGGAAAACAGCAUGGACCCUCCUGAGUGAUACUCUGCUUCCUUUAGUGACUAGAGCCAGCCUACAAGCAGGCAGUGAAACGGGCCAUGCAAUUCCAGAGCACUGAUGCACAGUUGACAGUGAAAAGCAGAAGGGCUGCUGGGUAAGAUAAUGGGCAGCUUCUGAGUUUAGAGUAAGUUCAUACUGACAGCCACACACUGACGGGCCCGGACAUCACAGACACUGACAAUCUAAAUGCCAAGUUUAAGGGAUGGAAGAUGGGAACAGGAAGUGAACAAGAGGAUGAGCAGGGAGGACUCUGUCCACCACACCCCCACCCCUCCCCUGGUGCCUGAGCAUCGGGGGCAGUUUACCCCAUUGGAUGAGACCCAUGGGCCAUCUACCACAGUUAGCUGCCAGCAGCAGCUGCCUCAGGAAGGAAGGAAGCUCAGAGGAGGCAGCUGUGGGAUGAUCUGCCCUCCCUGAGGUGCUGGUCUCACGGCCCGUAGCCAGAGGGUUCACGUCAUGGUGCACACUCAGGGUUCCAGGGCGCUGAGUUCACGUAGUUAGCUUCCAGCAAAGGUAAAACGGGCAGAGUCGUAAACCUCUUCUGAAACGGAGUCAGAGAGGACAGGACAGAGCCCAGCUGCCAUAAUCAGUUCAUCAGCACCCCUAGGAUUUGGGGGGGGAGAAACAGGGUUGCCCUUUCAGGCCAUCCUCCACUCAGCCUGUAAUGCUGCCUCACUCAUUUAGGAGGUAGAGAUGGUCUGUUACAUUUACAGGGAGCACAGAACAACUGGCCCAGCUGUUAGCCAGGUUAGUGCGGGAGGUGCUUUGCUCACCCAUGUCUUACUGAGCAGCAGCCCUGGCAGAGAGAAAACCAGACCAGGUGACAGAGUUGGGCAAGUGUAGUGCUUCUGACAGCCCCCUCCCUCCAAGCCCCGACAAACCGCUCACCCACAGCAGGAUGAGCACAGGCUCAAGUAGCUGUAAUCUGUGUCUGUUCCCCAGAAGUGAGAGACGUUGUGGUUUCUUGAAGGAAAAUCUGUUCUUGGUUUAGCAGAUUAGCAAGCUAACCCCCUCGCCCGUACAGCAUGGAAUUCAGGUGCUCAAAGACGUCGUUUGCGUCCCACUUUCCCAGUCAGGUCUCCUGGGCGGAUUUCAGAAGGGCUGAUCUCAAGCACACGUUGGCCAUCCAUAAGAAUGGGCAGUUGAGGAAAGACACUCCCCCCCCCCGACCACAC